ACUGAGUUUGUGUCAACUAACAGAUUGACCGAAUCUCUUCUGCUUGAACCUAGAACCUAACGUUGCGUUAGUUCCAUUAUGCAGAUGACUGGGGAAAGCGAGCGUCGACGAUCAUAUUCAUGAUUUUUACUGCUAGCAAUUGUACAAAGGUCGUUAUUUCUUAGAGCAUUAGUAGGGAUACUGUCGUCAUUGUAAAUAAUAAUUAUUUCUGAAGUCGGAGCGCCUCACAUGUACCGAUUUGUGGAGCUGAUUCGCGACAUUUAGAAAUAAUCCGAACAAUUCGGUGAGCGACUCAGCCCUGAUCGAAGGCACAAUGAGACUCUCGUCCACUACGCCGUUUUCUAUGUGGAUAGCAUUGUGGCUGGCGGCCUCCGUCAGUAGUGUGUCUGCAAGGAGUGUUUCUGCAGGUAACCACUCCAGCGCUGCAAAUGAAACAGGUGAUACUGAGUCGUGUAUGGCACGCGUUCUUCAUCUAUUACCAUCUACCGCUCUUCGUCUCAGCAUCCAGGAUACAGAGACUGUGCUAAGUGGUCUACAUAACCCCAUUGAUCAGCUCAACUCUGCAAAUGCUGACACAGCAUCACUAUCUGCGUUCUUAGGUGGACAGCAGAAUGCUGAUUUGCUGGUACAGUGUCUCAGUGGUCAGCUUGAUCAAUGUCGACAAAGUCCCCAGUGUGGCGAUGCGGGAAAGUGCAUCUUCACACGUUCUUUACAAGGAAAAGGCUCAUACGUUUGCAAAUGUGAUGAUGGUCAUACCGGAAAGUUUUGUCAAACAGUACCGCCAUCCUGCUCUGGUAAUCCAUGUCAGAACGGUGCAACAUGUCGACAGAGAGGAUCAUCGUUUCAUUGUCACUGUCCACCACUGUAUAUUGGAACACGUUGUGAAGAAAAGUGGUUGGAUGUAGCUAAGUUUAAACAGCAAUCCAACACAUUAAAUCAAAUCAGUGACGAUGUUUCACAACUGAAACAUGAACUACGUGCAGGAAGACGAAAUGAUAUCAAUCGUAUUGAUUCAUAUCUUCAACAACUGGGUACGAAGAUUCUUACCAAUGUAAGCUCCACUAUGAAUCAGAUGUCAUCUCAGCUUGCCGCCUUGAAUGAAAGGCUGAACGAAGUCCAGGAAAAUCAAGAAGUAUCAUUUCUCUGCCAGAGAACCGACUCUGGUCCGUCAGCUGUAUUCAAUGGCAGAACACCGACAACAAGAUUCACUGCAUACUGUGAUCGAGAGACUGAUGGAGGUGGCUGGAUUGUGUUUCAGAGAAGACAAGAUGGCUCAGUGGACUUUUACCGUGACUGGAAUGCAUACAAACGAGGAUUCGGAUCAGCGUCUGGAGAGUUCUGGCUGGGUCUAGAUACACUACACUAUCUGACGUCACAAGCUGGUAGUACUUAUGAAUUGCGUAUUGAUAUGGUGUUCAAGACAACUGGAGAGAAGCAUUAUGCCAAGUGGUCUACAUUCCGUGUUGAAGGGGAAGCUAACAAUUACAGACUACAUGUUUCAGGAUUCUCAAGCCCUACCUUGGUGGACAGCAUGAGAGACCACAAUGGACAACAGUUCAGUACUCGAGAUCGUGACCAUGACUCGCACAGUAGUGACUGUUCCAAUAGGUUCAAGGGUGGUUGGUGGUAUAACCAGUGUCACCUAGUCAAUGUCAAUGGAUUGUAUGGACGUAGUGAUGGAUACGCAACUGGUGUAGUGUACUAUCAAGGCGGGUCCAAGAGUUUGAAGUUUGUGGAAAUGAAGCUAAGAAAGCGUGGAUAAAACCCAAUGCACUACUAGAUUCACUACACACACUGUGCUCAUUUGCAUCCAAAUGCAAAAUUCUGCACUUUUUUUGAACGUUCACUGGUUUCCUCUUUUCAUGAUGGCUUUUGGUUAUCCUUGGAUAUUAUGUGAUGCCUCUUUCGACCCAUACAUUUCUUUUGCAGGAGAGUCAACCUGCCAUUCGAUUCUUAAUCACCGGGUUCCAAAAAGCCAGUAAUGCUUUUGUUUAACAUAAUAUUACUACGCACAUGCACUAAGGGAGUGUUGACCAUUUCAGGGGAUUGCGCGCAUCUUCAUAACCCGCUCCUCCGCCACCAUACAACACAUUGAUCUCCUAGGAGUGCUUUUGUUUCGUACUUCUUAUCAGCGAGCCAUCGUGAUUACAAGAAUACAAUCAUUCUUUCUGAUAUACAGUACUUUCCCUGUCUACUACAAUCACCCGCAUUCUCUCACUAGCCACCUGAACAUUAACCAUCUAGCGCUAUACACUUUACCAGCUGUUUUCUAUGUUGUUUUACGUCACUAAUUGCUUAAACCAGACACACUGUUUUUGUUACUCACGAGCAAAAGCUGAAGUUCAAUUGAGGGGUAGUCACACUAUCCAAAAUGUCUGUGACAUGCAUAGUACGUAAGAA